AAAAAACUUAGUUAAGAAAAAAAUAUACAAGUCAUCAAGAUGAAUAUACAAACCAUAAAGUUUAAUAACUAUAUAUUUAUAUAUUCUUGAUUAAGAUUCAGGAAAAGACUAUAUAAACGAGUAUAUGCAUAAGCAAAGUCGUGUAUCAAACUCUUUCAUUUUCUUCUACCUCCUUUCAUCUCACAUACGUAGAAACAAAAACAAACAAAAAAAAAGCAGAAAAGAAAAAUGGGAUUUUGUUUGUGUUUAUCCUCGGGAGGAUCAACAGAUCGAAAUCAGAUUUAUGAGAUAAAUGAUUAUGGACAAGAAAAUGCAGUUUUAUACUCUGAACAACAUGAUGAACCUCGAGACUUUGGUUCUGUCUCUUCUUUAACUGGAGGCAAGGGCUUUAACCAAGAUGCUGCCAUUCUCCACUUGGGAUAUGGAACAGAAGAAGGAGGGUUAUGUGGAGUGUUUGAUGGGCAUGGAGAGAGAGGUGAACUGGUGAGCAAGAUCGUAAGAAACCAAUUGCCAUCUUUGUUGUUGGGUCAUAUGAAUAAUCAUUCAGUGACUCGAGACUGGAAACUCAUUUGUGAAACUGCACUUUUGGGGAUGGACAAGAGAAUUCUUAAACUCAAAAACACUCUCGACUGCUCUUCCUCCGGAACUGCUGCUGUUCUCGCCGUUAAACAUGGAAAUCAAGUGAUGGUGGCAAAUCUAGGAGAUUCAAGGGCUAUUAUGAUUGGAACAAGUGAGAAUGGAGAAACCAAGGUGGUUCAGUUGACCAAUGACCUGAAGCCAAGUGUCCCAAGUGAAGCAGAGAGAAUAAGGAAACGCAAUGGAAGGGUGUUAGCUUUAGAGGCAGAGCCUCACAUUCUGAGAGUAUGGCUUCCACAUGAAAACCGGCCCGGUUUAGCCAUGUCUAGGGCUUUGGGUGAUUUCCUCCUCAAGAGCUAUGGUGUCAUUGCGAUUCCUCAAGUCUCUACGCAUCAAAUCACCUCUCGCGACCAAUUUCUGCUCCUUGCUUCCGAUGGGGUGUGGGAUGUACUUAGUAACGAAGAAGUGGCUACGGUGGUGAUGAAAUCGGCGAGUGAGGCAGGAGCGGCCAACGCGGUGACAGAGGCGGCGGCUAAUGCAUGGAGACAGAAAUAUCCGACGGCUAAGGUUGAUGACAUCUCUGUCGUGUGCCUCUAUCUCAACAAGAAGAAUCAUCCUCAGCCACAAAUAUAAUUAAACAAAACCAGUUGAGAAAAAAAAAAACAAAUAAUGACUAAUCAAAGAUGGAUGACACAUUGACACGACAGCUUACUCAAGACUUCUGUGUUUUGCCUACGAGUGUGACUGUAUAUAUAUAUAUAUAUAUAUAUAUAUCUAUGUAUACCGUUGUAUGUUAAGUCGUGUGAUUUAGGAAAUAAAUGAUCCUAGAUACUAGAAGUGGUGUGUGUCGUGGGAUAAAAGCAAAAAGGACUUGGACAUAACACGAACACACGUCAUGGGAAUCUAUUUAUUGGAGCUAGAUACCGGAAAUCGGAAUACUUCAAUUUUAUUUCCAAACUCUUCUGUAAUUGCUAUAUAAAUUUGAUAAUAACAUCUAACAAAGAUGAUA